AUGGUACAUCGAACUUUGCGAAAGGCCCUUGCAGCCAUCACCCUGCUUGGCGGUGAUUUGUCGAACUUCGUGAAUGCCUCGCCUAUUGUAACCGGCCGAGCGCAAGUCAAAUAUUCGACUGCAGAUUUGCACGAAUCGUAUGACUAUGUGAUCGUAGGAGGUGGAACAUCCGGUCUCGUAGUUGCGAAUCGCCUGAGCGAAGACCCAAACAGAUCUGAAGGGACGGUAUUGGUAAUCGAGAUUGGAUACAUCGCCGACGAGCCGUGCAUUUGGAUGCCAGCGAACACCAUUGUCCCCAACAGUGCCUGCUUAAAGCAUCGCUUCAACAUCUCUAGCGUACCUCAAACGGAAAUCACCAAUCAAUCCAUCUAUCGCUAUGCCAUUGGCGCUGUCGUUGGAGGAAGCUCCGCUGUAAAUGGUAUGGUUUUCGACCGAGGCUCCAAAGCUGAUUAUGACGCGUGGCAAGAGUUGGGUAAUGCAGGCUGGGAUUGGGACGGCUUGUUCCCCUACUUCAAGAAAAGCGUCGAUUUCACGGCUCCAAGCGAGGAAGACGCGGAGAAAUUUGGCUAUACAUGGAAUGAGAGCGCUUGGGGUGACGGCCCUGUGCAGGCCUCGUAUCCACCGUUUCAGUGGGAGACUGUGAAAACUUCUUGGGACGCAUGGGCAGACAUGGACAUUCCACUGCCACAGGAGCAUGCGUUGGGCAACGCUGUCGGUCGCUUUUGGGUGCCUUCGUCUGAGCAUCCAGUCAAUCGAACUCGAUCGUACGCACGAUACGCUUAUCACGACCCCAUUGAGUCUCGACCAAACUACCAUCUCCUAGUAGGUCACAAAGCCGAGAAAUUAGUUUUGACGUCCGAGAAUGAUGCGGAAGGGGUAGUCUUCUAUCAGCGAGACAAUCCCAACGAGAAGAUGACCGUCAAAGCGAAGAAAGAGGUAGUUCUAGCAGCUGGCGCCGUGCACACUCCACAGAUUCUACAACUGAGUGGCAUCGGGCCGAAGGCCGUUUUGGACGCAGCCAACAUUGAGGUCAAAGUCGAUGCUCCAGGUGUGGGUAACAACUUUCAGGACCACCCACAAGUCUAUCUGACAUGUAAUUUCACCAACGACGUAUGGCCGAACCCCAGCACCCUCGCCACAAACGCAACCUUCCGCGCAGAAGCCCAAGCCCAAUACGACGCCAACAGAACCGGGCCCCUCACCCAAGCCCUAAACAGCGCCUUCGUCUUCCUCCCCCUAAACACAAUCCAUUCCUCCCCCUCAUCCUUCCACUCCAAACUCGCCGCCCAAGCCCCUUCCGCUUUCCUCGCGCCCAACCUCCCACCCACCGUCCUCGCAGGCUACGCAGCGCAAAAGCGCAUCCUCACCAAACUGUACAACUCCUCCCGUGCAGCCGUUUACGAGAGCCCCUUCGGCGGCGCGUGCAGCCGCAGCACCCUUAUCCAGAAGCCCCUCUCGCGAGGCCACGUGCACAUCAACGCGAGCGAUCCCUCCGGCGACCCGGCCGUCGAUUUCCGCGCGUACACCAACCCACUCGACAUCGAGCUCGGCAUCGAGUCCCUCACGUACACGCGGCGGUAUCUGCGCAGCCCCAGAUUCGCCCCGCUAGCACCGAUGGAAAGCGCGCCGGGGCCGGACGUCAGCGACGAAGACACCGCCGCGCUGGAGGCGUAUGUGAGGCUUACCGCUGGGCCGACGAGUUUCCAUGCUAGUGGGACGACGGCGAUGAUGCCGGAGAGAUUGGGUGGGGUGGUUGGGAGUGAUCUGAGGGUUUAUGGGGUGGGUAGGGUAAGUGUGGUGGAUGCGGGGGUUAUGCCGCUUAUUCCGAGUACGCAUUUGAGUGCGACUGUUUACGCGGUUGCGGAGAAGGCAGCGGAUAUUAUAAAGGGGAGGGCUUGA